UUUUCAUAAAGGAAACUACUCACAAGGUUGCUGAAAUCUCUUCGACAGCCCACGACCGGUUUCGCCCAUCUUGGAGCUCAUCAGGUAGACGCAUUCUCCGAGUUUCCGUCAACCUUAUGAUUGUGGAUAUCGUACAAUCAGAGCACUGUAGAUUCGUGCCUGUUGUAGAUUGGCCCUCCGCUCGUUUCACAUCCCAUAACUUCCUUUGUUCGACUGAGGAAGCUAGCACAUGCAUCGUCU